GCCAGCGUCACGACAUCCAGGCUUUCUGUCUGGUUUCGCCAUUCUAGAAAUACACAGAUUUCCACAUUUUCUGGUGGCCUUAACCGAUUCAAACCAUACAAAAAAAAAAAAAAAAAAUCAAGUGAAUAAUUGACCUAUUCAUAUAUGUUCCCACAUGUCAAUACAAUCGUACAUUUUGCAUAAAGCUACAUUUUCGUUUCUUGAGCAUUCUCAAGUUAUUGUCUUUCCUCGUACGUUUUAGGUUUCCUUGCUGCAUGUGUGCCUUUGCAGAGCAUGAUGAGGACGACCCGCUUGUGUAAUCACUGGCAGCCUCAUCAAGAUUGAGUACAUGUGCUCGGACCACUCCUGUGCACGGAUUGAAGAGAAGCGCUGGUUAGCGUGGACAUUCGUAGAUGUUUAGCCCCCUGGUGAAGCAGAAUCCCGGGAAUGCAGACAAGGGCCGUUUCUGGACUGUAACUUGGGUCUUAUAGCUAACAGGUGCAGUCAUGUGGCAGAGCCUUCUCACUUGCUGCGCCCUGUUCGCCGUCCACGCAGAGGCGCCGCCCGCACACAUCAACCGCCUGGCGCUGUUUCCUGACAAGAGUGCCUGGUGUGAGGCCAAGAACAUCACGCAGAUAGUCGGGCACACGGGAUGUGAAGCUCGCUCCAUUCAAAACAGAGCCUGUCUGGGCCAGUGUUUCAGCUACAGCGUCCCCAACACGUUCCCCCAGUCCACGGAGUCCCUGGUGCACUGUGACUCCUGCAUGCCCGCCCAGACUCAGUGGGAAGUGGUGACUUUGGACUGCCCAGGUAACAACGAGACUCCCCGCGUGGACAAGCUGGUAGAGCGGAUCUUCCACUGCAGUUGCCAGUCUUGCAGUAAGGAAAGUGUCCAGGAGGGGGCGACCAUGCAGUUGUAUGCAGACAACAGCCUGGACACGCCAUCUCUACCCGGCACCCUCAUGGAGGCUCAGUCCCGCCCGCCUCCCCACAGCCCAGAUAGCCACUCCACACACAGUCCCACACACCAUCACCACCCACUUCCACACACAUCAGACGGAGGGUAGGUUUGACCUUAGACCCCCUCUCCCUUUCCUCCUAGAAGAAGAUUUUCUCCUUUUUUUACUUGUGUGGUUAUGCUGUGACCAUAUGGUUUCACUUGUGCUUUUGCAAAGUCUUUUCAUUCAAUAAAACGUCAUUGUUCAUAUUCCUGUAAACACACCAGCCUAUAAAUCAGGGGUCCCCAAACUACACGCCAGAUACGGACCGCCCGUCCAAAAUCCGGCCUGCGGGUAAAAAUGGUAUUUAUUAAUUGUUUUUAAUCCGUCCUUUUUCACCUAUCCAUCAAUCCAUUUUCUACCGCUUGUUAUUGGGUCUCCUACCCGCUCAAGCAAAUCAUAUUGUCUAAAAAUUUCUUUUCCCAGAGGUAACAGGACGUUAUCACGCUAGCGCCACAAAGGCGGCAAGUGUGCGAUCUUUCAGUCAAUUAGUGCACCAGGGGAAAAAUGCCGAAAUUGUUGGGGAAACAUAAAUUAGACUCCGAGUGUAGAGUUUUUAAACAUCAGUUGACAUAUGACUUUUGUUCAGUUUAAGGAAAAGACAGUUUAGAUUGUAUAUACCGUAUUUCCUUAAAUUUCCGCCGCGGCCCUAAUUAAUUUAAAACCUCUUCUCACUCCUGCGCUUACCAAAGGCAUGCGGUAAACGUGAGCAUGCGCCAAUUAUUUUAGAACCUCUUCUCACUCCGGCACUAACCAAAGGUAUGCAGUCAAAAUUUGAGUGUGAUGUAAGCUUGGACCUUAAAUCCUACUGAAUAGCUCUUAAUCUUCUUCCCUUUAUGCGAUUUCAAAUUACCGGUAUUGAAAUCAGCCUCCUCCAUUUUGAAACUGAUGACAGGGGAAGUGUCAGGCGGUAAUACUAAGCAUGCGCUAAUUAUUUUGACCCGGCAGUAAUUCAAGGCAGGCGCAUAUUAUAUGCCCUGCGGCAAUUCAAGGAAAUACAAUAUAUAUAUAUAUAUAUAUAUAUAUAUAUAUAUAUAUAUAUUUAUAUAUAUGUAUACAGCUUGGCCCCCAAUACGGCCCCCGGGUCAAAAAGUUUGGGGACCCCUGCUAUAAAUGUACUGUUCUCUGCUUGUUUGCAUAUGUAUCUAUUCACAACAUCAACUUAUUUUAAUCUGCAAUAAAUGAUCCUGUUCUGGUUACUCCA